AUGACUGAGAUUGAACAGGCAGAGGCCCAACUCUCUGAGUUAGACCUGCUGGCCAGUAUGUUCCCCGGUGAGAACGAGCUCAUUGUGAAUGACCAGCUGGCUUUAGCAGAACUGAAAGAGUGCAUUGAAAAGAGGACCAUGGAAGGACGAUCUUCAAAAGUUUACUUUACAAUCAGUAUGAACCUGGACGUAUCUGAGGAAGCAAUGGUGAUGUUUUCUCUGGCCUGUAUUCUUCCUUUUAAAUACCCUGCAGUUCUGCCUGAAAUUACUGUCAGGUCAGAAUUACUAAGUAGAUCCGAGCAGGCUCAGCUGAACACAGAUCUGACCGCAUACCUACAAAAGAACUGUCUCGGAGAUGUCUGUAUACUGAAUGCCACAGAGUGGGUUCGAGAACAUGCUUCUGGCUACAUCAGCAAAGACGUCACCCCGUCCCCUGCUCCAGGAAGUACAGUCCAGCUGGGCGACCGCGUUGUCACAAGGCUCUGGAUCUACAGCCAUCACAUCUACAACAAAUACAAAAGAAAGAAUAUUCUCGAGUGGGCAAAGGAGCUUUCCCUCUCUGGGUUUAGCAUGCCUGGGAAACCUGGUGUUGUUUGUGUGGAAGGCCCACAGAGUGCCUGUGAAGAAUUCUGGUCAAGGCUCAGAAAAUUAAACUGGAAGAGAAUUUUAAUUCGCCAUCGAGAAGACAUUCCUUUUGAUGGUACAAGUGAGGACAUGGAGAGACGAAGAAAAUUUUCAGUUUUUGAAGAAAAAGUAUUCAGUGUUAAUGGAGCCAGAGGAAACCACAUGGACUUUGGUCAGCUGUAUCAGUUUUUGAAUGCCAACGGAUGUGGGAAUGUUUUCCAGAUGUUGUUUGGUGUGGAAGGACAGUGA